AUGGCUUACGAAUUGAAAAAAGAACCAGUCGAUAUCGAUGUUGGGUUUGAAGGUGAUGCUGCUACUGGAACUGCUUCAUCACUUAGUGAUAAAGAAAAAUCAAAUUCAUCAAAUUAUUCAGGUCCAAAAUCAAUCUUGUACAAAAUGCAUAAUUUAAUUUCAUUACAAAAAGAUUCUGAUUUAACUUUAAGUGAAAUGUUUAUGUAUAAUGAAGAUUUAAGACCAGUUUUUGAUAUUAAAGAUCGUCCUUGGAAUUGGUAUAAUUAUGUUUUUUUUUGGAUUGGUGGUGCUUUUAAUUUAAACACUUUCCAAAUUGCUGGUACUACUGUUUCAAUGGGUCUUUCAUGGUAUGAAACUUGGAUUGCCAUUUGGAUUGGUUAUAUCCUUGUUAGUUGUGUUUAUUAUAUUGCUCAAAGACCUGGUUCUCAUUAUCAUAUUUCAUUCCCAGUGGCUUGUAGAGCUACUUUUGGUACUUUUGGUUCAAUUUGGCCGGUUAUUAAUAGAGUUGUUAUGGCCAUUGUUUGGUGUUCAACAAUCACUUGGUUAGGUGGUCAAUGUGUUCAAUUAGUUUUAAAAUCAAUCUUUGGUGGUGAUUUAGAUACAAGAAUUCAUAAUGGUAUACCAAAAUCAGGUACAACAACUUUUCAAUUUUUAAGUUUUUUCAUCUUUUGGUUAAUUCAAUUACCAUUUAUUUAUUGCAAACCUCAAACUAUUCGUCAUUUAUUCACUGUUAAAACUAUAAUUUGUCCAGCUGCUGGUGUUGCAUUUUUAGUUUGGACAAUUGUUAAAGCUGGUGGUAUUGGUCCAGUUGUUCAUCAACAUACUACUUUAUCAUCAUCAAAACAUGGUUGGGCUUUUGUUAUGGGUAUUAUGAAUUGUUUUAAUAAUUUUUCAACUUUAAUUGUUAAUUCAUCAGAUUUUACAAGAGUUGCUAAAACUCCAAAAUCUUCAUCUUGGUCUCAAUUUAUUGGUAUUCCAAUUGCUUUAUCAUUAACUUCAUUAAUUGGUAUCUUGGCUGCUUCAGCUUCUACUCCAAUGUAUGGUGAAACUUAUUGGUCACCAGUUGAUUUAAUGAAUCGUUAUGUUGAAGAAGGUACCCCAGGAAACCGUGCUGGUGUUUUCUUUAUUGCUGCUUCAUUUGCAUUAGCUCAAGUUGGUACAAAUAUUGCAUCAAAUACAAUUUCUGCAGGUUGUGAUAUGGCUGCUUUAUUACCACAAUAUAUUAAUAUUCGUCGUGGUGCAUUUUUAUGUGUUAUGAUUGUUUUAUGUAUUUGUCCAUGGAAUUUCUUCACUUCAUCAUCAAAUUUCACUACAUAUUUAAGUGCUUAUGCUGUUUUCCUUUCAUCUAUUGCUGGUGUUGUUUCAGCUGAUUAUACAAUUGUUAGAAGAGGUUAUUUAAAUGUUUUCCAUUUAUAUACAAAUGGUGGAUCAUAUAAUUAUUCUUAUAAUAAAUUGGGUAUAAAUUGGAGAGCUUUUGCAGCUUAUAUUUGUGGUAUUUUACCAAAUGUUGUUGGGUUUGCAGGUGCUGUUGGUAAUGAUGUUCCAAAAGGUGCUACUUAUAUCUAUAACGUUUCAUAUUUUGCAGGUUAUAUUGUUGCAUAUGUUUCGUAUUGUGUUUUGGUUUAUAUUUCUCCUGUUGAAGGUAUGCCUGUUAAAAAUUUCCUUACAGAAGGAGGUUGGUAUGAAGAUUAUCUUGAUAUUGAAGUUGAUGAUUUUUCUAAAGCUAUCAAUGAACCACAUCCAAAUGAAUACUCCAAAGAAGGAAAGAAAUUUCUAUGA